AUGUUCCUAACUUCUGUGGUUGCCUUGUUGCUGACACAAGUGUGGGGAGAUGACUUUUUCGACGGCCUUCAACUUGUUUACGAGAAGAUUUCACAAAAGGACAUCACAACUGCUGCUUUUAAGUCCCCAACCACCAUUUUUGGCCCUUUGGUAGGAAACGCCAAUGCGAAACGUCAAAAGUCGCAACCAACAGCUAGCCUCGAAUUGCUGUCGGACGAGAUCGUCACGCGAGUUAGUGGGCGGAAGGGCGCUUGGAUCGAUUGCGUGACGCUACACACCAAUUUCGGACGGGCGGUAACAUGCGGAGGCAAGGGAGGAGGCGACUUCGUUAUACCGACACCCGCCGAUAGCGAAAUUCGCUCCAUCUCUUUCAAGAUCGGAGGUCACCUGUCUGAUACGUGCGCCUUUGUGCUUCAAGAUUCACCGACCAAAGCACGCGAAGGCAUUUUGAUCCAGGACCUUCAAGGUAUCCUGUCCUCAGACGAGCAUUCAAGUCGCCUAAACGCAAUUUCUGCAGCGCUACGUUACCUAGGUAACAUCGCUCAACAGCCACAAGAAGCAAAGUUCCAGCGCAUUCGCGCUAGCAACAAGUUUUUCACAUCGAACGUGGGCGUCUUGGGUGGUGAAGUAGCCAAGGCUUUCAUGAGUUGGUGUGGCUUCGAAGAGACCUCAGACCAAGGCGACCAGUUUUUCACUUUCAAGCUGUCGCAGCUACAAGGGGAGCCAACUCCGCAGCAGUUGGCAGCCGAAGCCCAGAAGCGGAUCCACCUUCUGAAAAGUGCCGGCAUGCAUCAGUAG